AUGGAUUUAGUUAACCACUUGAACGAUAGAUUAUUAUUUGCUAUUCCAAAGAAGGGACGUCUUUAUGAAAAAAGUGUCACUAUAUUGAAUGGAUCAGAUAUUAAAUUUCACCGUUCACAAAGAUUAGAUAUUGCAUUAUGUACCACAUUACCAAUCGCCCUGAUUUUCUUACCUGCUGCAGAUAUCCCAAUGUUUGUCGGUGAAGGUAGAUGUGAUCUUGGUAUCACUGGUGUUGAUCAAGUUCGUGAAGCUAAGAUGGAUGUCGAAUUACCAAUCGAUUUGAAAUUCGGUAGUUGUAAAUUACAAGUUCAAGUCCCAGUUAAUGGAGAGUAUAAAAAUCCUAAACAAUUAAUUGGUAAGACUAUUGUUUCUAGUUUUACUAAUUUGACCAAGGAAUAUUUCGCUAAAUUAGAAGGUGUUCCUAUCGAAAAGAUGGCUACCAAAGUUAAAUAUGUUGGUGGUUCCGUUGAAGCAUCGUGUGCUCUUGGCGUAGCAGAUGCUAUAGUAGAUCUUGUCGAAAGUGGUGAAACAAUGAGGGCAGCUGGUUUAAUUGAUAUCGCUACUGUUUUGGAAACCAGUGCCCAUGUUAUUGAGUCUAAACGUCCAAACAAGGACAUAGAAUUGAUCGAAACUAUUAAAUCAAGAAUUGAAGGUGUUAUCACCGCACAGAGAUAUGUCUGUUGUAAUUACAAUGCUCCAGAGGGCCAAUUAAAGGAGCUGUUACCAAUUACACCAGGUAGAAGGGCCCCAACGAUCUCAAAGAUAGAUAGUGAAGGAUGGGUGGCUGUUAAUUCUAUGAUUGAAAGAAGCAAAAAGGGUAUAAUCAUGGAUGAGUUGAAAAGAAAAGGUGCCGCCGAUAUCAUGGUAUUUGAAAUCUCUAAUUGCCGUGUCUAA